GUAGGCUGCUGAUUGCUGGCAACACGCACACAGAGAAUAAAGUCCUUAAUCACCAGCGUACUAAAGCUUUUCUGCGAAUUGUGUAGAGUUGAGAUGAGUUUGCAGAGAAGGUGAGUCACAGAACUCGGGUGUUAGAGCAAAUGUAUCGGGUGGACUCAUGGAACGGCGGGUAGGGAAGCUGAGCAGGCUGAACAGAGAGGAGUGGGCCGUGGAGCUUUGCGACAUUUAUUAUUUGCCUUUAAUAAGCUUUAAUGAAUCGAUGAUAGGUGUAUUUUAUACUUUUCUCCGACGAGUUUCGGCUGAAUGGAGUGUCGACUGCUGACCUCCUCUAAAUUAAUAUUUUCCAAAAUUUAACCAAAAUUUCCUCACUUCUAAGACCCCAGAAACCUUUUCUAACAACACUCAGACGACGUAAGCUGGUCUUCCUUAGUCAUGUGACCCGGCACGACACCCUGUCGAAGAUCAUCCUUCAAGGUACCUUGGGGGGUUAUCGUCCACAAUAGGUAAGAAUGGUGGGCCUGUCAGCACAGUCUAUCCAUGUGCUCCUUCCAACAACAGGUGCAGGUCAAGGGACAUCUGGGUUCUGCAGGGAUCUUACUGCAGGGAUCUUACUGGUUAUAGUUUCAUAUUUGUUUACUCUGCCACUCGAGGCCAGAGAUCAGUUCAAAAAAGUGACUCUUACUCGCAACUUCUGUGACAAGUUUUUAUAUACGGGUAAGCACUUUACAAAUACAGUAUAUAUACACAGUAAAUCUCUAUAAACUUGUCCACAGCAUGCAGUACUAAACGGAAUCACAGAAGGACGUUACACAAAGGUCUGGCGAGGGUGUGAGCACAGCUCCUCAUAGACUAACACGCGCACAAACACAAACAUACAAACUCACUAUUCAAGAACCAGAAUAACUAUCAGGAAAUGGAACUAGCUAAUAUUGUAAUUUUGUAAAUUUCAGAAUUACUAUCAAUCCAUUGGUCUAGACUCUAGAGCACCAUUCUCCCAGCAUGCCUUUCAGGCCUCUCGGUACUCAGCAGCCGACCAGCCUGAUCUUGUGGCUUCUGGCAUUCCUUGCGAUGGCAACCCUCAGCCAGACCGCCAAGAAAGAAGACUACUACAACCUGACUGACUACCUCUUUGACGGUUACAAGAAAGAAGUGCGGCCCGUCUUCGACGACGACAAUGUUAUACAAAUCUACGUCACGUUUUCCCUGUUUCAAAUAGUAGAUAUGAACGAACAAGAUCAGACGAUGAAGACAAACGCCCGCCUUAAGAUCGAAUGGCUGGACGACUACCUGAGCUGGGUUGAGCCUGAGUUCGGCAACAUCACCAGCGUCAUGUACAAACAGAGCGCCAUCUGGCUACCGGACAUCGUGGUGGGCAACACGGUGACCACCCAGACACAGCUGGGCUACAAGGAUCUCCAGGUUCGGAUUAACAGCGAAGGGUGGAUGGACUGGCAGCCUACAGGAGUGUUUUUAACAUCGUGUGAUAUAGAUGUGACGUAUUACCCGUUUGAUACUCAGGUGUGCUCCAUCGUCUUCACCUCUGCUCUGUCAACAAGUAGUGAGCUGGCCAUCUGGAUCGACAAGAAAACCCCCAUCGACAUGAACAGCUUCUCGCCGGACGGCAUCUGGGACGUCAUCAACUGCUCAGCAAGCAACCACGACGCGAAAGACGGCAAAGCCAAGAUCUCAUUCAGUUUGCAGCUGAAGCGACGACCCGAGUUCUACAUCCUCAACAUCAUUCUACCAGUUUUGUUCUUGGCGAUGACGUCAUCGCUGGUCUUCGCACUUCCGGCGGAAUCCGGAGAGAAGAUGAGUCUGUCCAUCACCGUGCUGCUGGCCUUCGCUGUCUACCUGACCCUCGUCACGGACUCCAUGCCCAAGACCUCGGUACAGGUGUCCAUGCUGAUGGUGUACGUGGUUCAGCUGAUGGCACUGACAGCACUCAGUGUCAUCCUGUCAGUGCCACUCAUGAGGCUCCACCACAGACCCUCCAACAAACCUCUGGGAAGGAGGGCGUCGUAUGUGAUAAUUUUGUUCCGGAAGCUGAUGUGCCUGGCAGACGGCGAGCGACGAUUAGUUAAAGUCAAGAUGUCUGCUGAAAACGAUAACACCGUCUCCAUCAUCGGCGAGAACAAGAUGCAGCAGGUCAAGGCCAACGCUGUCGUCCCUUAUGACAACGACGAAAAAGCAGACGACAACUGCUCAGACUGCGCAUGCCCGCCCAGGUCACCAGAGGUCAGUCACAUCAGCGGCGAGCUGGCGGCGGAAACGUUGAACACUUUCUUCUUCUUCCUCUUCUUCCUGUACAGCUUCGUCAUCACCAUCACCUACGUCAUCCUUCUCAUCACGGGCGGCGCGAGUCAGGAGGAGAGCACUCGCCUAAGCUGAUGACUUCACUGGAGACAAUUUGAGAUCAUCAAUUCGAAGCAAGCAAAGAAGACUUUGGUCUCACACAUCCUUGUUUCUUUCUUCGUUUGAAACAUUCCAGAAGAUCAGCAACAGGAGCAGUAAAGGAUGCAACAUGUUAUUAAGUAGAAUUAGACAUGACGAACAUAAUGAACAAUUAUUUUAAGGAAUUAUUUUACAGAUUUUAUUGAAUGUAUAUAAAAUGUUUUCCUUCGAGAAUUUGCAAAUCAAGAUACUAAAUAGGGAUAAAUACAUCCGAAGAUAGCAAACAUGUACACUAUUAUUGACUGUGAAACAUUUAUCUUUUAGAGUGGUUUUCAAUCAUUUUAAUCAAUGUAGGUGUACAAUAUUUAUCAGCACAUUUAGAAUAGCACUUUUGUUGAAUGCUUGUGAUUUAGAAUAUAUUUUAAUAAUUUCAUGUCAUUGAACACACAUUAGCUAAAUCCUUAAUUUUAAUUUUUUAUCCAAACAUUUCGAUUCUUAGAUGUGAUACAAAUGUUAGUUUCUUGAGGAGAAUACAUUAAGCUUGUUGUUUGUACAAAUGUGAUAAUUACACAGUUCUGUACUCGUAAUCCUUUUCCUUUUGUAAAUGUAACAGUUAUACCAUUCUUUGCUAAUAUUAUCUAUCCCGUGUUUAGACAUUUUGAUGACGAACUGCUGAA